CCUGGGGGCCACGCCUUCUUGUUCUUAUGAACCGAUAUCGAUUGAUCUAACGAUGGAUUGGUUUAGAUCUUUGUGAAUAUCAACCUCCGUGCAUCCGGAUUCUCCGUCCUUCAUUUAAUGAAACCUGUUAUCUUCCAUUCAACUCUGCUCAGGAAGAAGUUAAUCGAUCAAGGCAGCAAAUAUUGCUAAAGCGUGAACUAUUUGUGCCGCUUUUAGUAAUGGAUGUACUUGGACUGGAGGAUCAAUCCAGAACUAAGCAAACAUGAUGGAGUUCAUGGGAGGACAGCAAGAGCACCAGGGCCUACCUCACCCGAAGGAUGCUAUUACAUCGAUCGCGAAUGUAUCCGAUGCCGUCUUACGAGCCGAGCUUUCUCGAAGACUCCAAGCUCGAGGCGAUGAUAACAGCGAUAAAGCAGCAUGUGGCCCCAGAGAGCGGGGUGCAUAUAACACCUCUAUACACGUCAUGGCAUUGUUUCUUAUCCUCGUUCUAAGCACAUCAGCAUGCUCGUUCCCCAUCGUUGCCCGUCGAUUCCCCCGCUUACCCAUACCACGUCGCUUCCUCUUCCUUUCCAGGCAUUUCGGUACAGGAGUCCUGAUUGCCACGGCCUUUGUUCAUUUGCUCCCUACCGCAUUCCUUUCUUUGACAGAUCCCUGCCUUCCUCGGUUCUGGAGCGAGACCUAUCGUGCCAUGGCUGGAUUUGUUGCCAUGAUCUCGGUCUUCCUUGUGGUUCUCGUGGAGAUGUUCUUCGCCAUGAAAGGAGCAGGUCAUGUUCAUGGAAGCGAGUACGACAAGUUGCUUGCAGAUGCCGAUGGUGCGACUCCGCGCUACUACCGCGAUGAAGAAGCCGACCAAUUGAGCCCCGAUGGUCAAGAAUCAGAGAAUAUUCGCCUGGAGGGGCUGAGUGAGACAGACAGCCUUACUCGGAAUUCUGCCUCAAGGCUUUCAGGGGACGGGUUCAUUGACACCCAUUCAGAAGUGUUGUCCCCGAAAGAAGUUGAAGAUACGAACACCGAAGACUCGGACUCGUACGGGCUGCCUCAGACUGAAGGGCCUCGUAACUCUAAUCUACGAUCUCGCGAUCGACAGCCUCGUGUAAGCGGUUCACAUCAAGGACCGAAUCCGGCGCUGUCAGUGCAGAAUCCUCAACGCCAGCUUCUUCAGUGCCUCCUCCUUGAAGCCGGUAUACUCUUUCACAGCAUCUUUAUUGGGAUGGCUGUCAGCGUUGCGACAGGGACCUCAUUUGUCGUCCUUCUUGUGGCCAUAUCUUUCCACCAAACCUUCGAAGGGUUCGCCCUUGGGUCGCGCAUUGCGUCUCUGAUCCCAGACCUUUUUGCUCCGUCCUCGAUGAAGCCAUGGCUGAUGGCGCUUGCGUAUGGAACUACCACCCCUAUCGGCCAAGCCAUUGGGCUUAUCCUGCACAACCUUUAUGACCCAGGCAGCACUACUGGAUUGCUCAUGGUGGGUAUAACCAACGCAAUCAGCAGUGGUCUGUUAUUGUUUGCCGGGCUGGUGGAGCUUCUCGCCGAAGACUUCUUAAGUCAGUCAAGUUACACGGAUCUCAGGGGCCGACGGCGCGUUGAUGCCUGUAUAGCGGUAUUCAGCGGUGCCGUGCUAAUGGCGCUCGUUGGUGCCUUUGCAUAAAAAGCCGCGUCAUCCGGUAUUUGUGGUCGUUAUAUAAUACAAGAGCAUAUUCAGAAUAUAC